AUGUUUACUCAAAAAGAGCCAAACAAUGCGAAUAAAAGCCGAACUCCAAGCCGAUGUAGAGAAUGGGAGCGUCAAAGACGUCUUAAAUUUAAUGAUGCUAUAACUAAAUUGGGCAAUUUAAUAAGAUCAAUUGAUAAAGAAAAUGGAGAUAGUACUAAUGAGAAACAGGGCGCCACCCAAUUUCCAAAAAUUGAAAUUAUCCAAAAAGCAAUUCUUUGCUUGACAAAUUUUACUGAGGAAAAGUCUAAACUGAAAGCUGAAGUAUUAGCUUUAGAAGUUAAAUUACAAGGGAUUGAACAACAAAAAUGUAAUACUAAAGAUGUUUGUGUUCAAGUCGCAGUUGGAGCAGUAAAAGGAAAACAAAGUAGUAAAUAUCUCAAACUGUUAAUGUUAAAGAAAUCUAAAAAUAAAGGUCCACAUGUAAACAAAUCGGAUAAACCUCAAACUAAAGAAAGUGAUACUUCUAAAGCAAGAAAACCUCUAUCUCAACUACCCAAACUUUUGCCGUUACCAAAUAAUGUAAAGAAAGAGAACACCAUAGUCAUGUUACCAGCAACGCCAUACCUUUUUCCACAGAGACCGAUUUUGUUCCCUGCAGCAACACCAACACUUGUCUUGCUAGAUACAAAUUUACAAUCACUAAAUAAGCAGCCUAUUGUAAACAGAAAUAUAAGUGAUAUGACCAAAACGACUAUGGUCAAUGUUUUACCUAUUUCUGCAUACUCACAUCCCUUGUCUGCUAAUAGAACUAGGAAGAAUCCAGCAAAACAAAAGAAUAUGUCUAAAAAAGGAUCAAAGAAAAACAGAGAUGAAUUAGUCACUCCUAAAACUCUCGCUGUUAGUGAGAAAGAUUCUUCUUCAGUUCAGAGAACAGAAACUUGUGAAGUCAAAAGCCAGACUAAUCUCACUUGUGUGUCUGAAAAAGGCUCAGAGAGCACAGAAAAAGUAAUUGAUGUUAAUAUGUCAGAGAAAAGUAUUAGUAAUUCUAAGGAUAAUGAUGUAAAUGAAAAUAAUAAAAAAACAUUAGAGCCCCUUUCCACUAAAAAGCCCUUAGAACCUGAUAUUAAUGAAAAUGUGAAAGAAAAGAAUGCUCCAAAAGCUUCAGAUGUAGAAAAUAAAAUAAUAUCAAACAAGUCUUCUGUCAUUGGAUCAGAAUCUGUGAUUCUUAAUAAACCUCUUGAAUUGAAAGAGCCUGAAAAAACUAAAGACAAGUUGCAAAACGUAUUAGAACCAAUUUGCGAAAAUGCCGUAGAUGCUGGAAACGCGAGACUGGAACUGGCCGAGGAAUUUUUAGCAGCAUCCCCUACUGCUGCGUUUCUCAUGUCGUUUCCUUUAGUGAGUGGAAAUCGUGCGGAUAGUCCUUCCGAAGAGGCACCCCAAAAUAACAAUCUUAAAGAAAAUAUAUGUAGAGCAGAGACACAACCGCAAACAUUCUUUGAAAAACCGAACAAUUUAAACCAAAAGCCGAAAUUAGCCAGUAAACCACAAAAUGUAAAUGAUCCUAUUAAAAACAAUAGUACUCCUGCCAAAAAUAGUAACAAAACAUUUAAUAAGCCAAACGACAUCAAAAUACCGAGUUCAACAUCAAUUAUAAGUAGUGUUUGUAAUGACAAUCCAUUUUUAAAUCUGCCACUUCCAACCGUAAUUUCAACCAAUUGCACACUACCUGAUACAUCAUUCGGCCUUGAUUUUGACUGCAGUAUUAGUAAAACAACUUCGGGUCAAGUAACUAACUUUGCAAGCAGCAACAGCCUUUUCUAUAAAAGUGAUCCAUUUAAUUCAGUAAAAAAUACAGUGUACAGUACUAGUAAUCUUUCAUCUGGACACGAAUAUAACAGUCUUGGCCUCUAUCCGUGCGCGGUUGAAAAUUACUCCUCUAAGAAUAAGAGCGAUUUCCCCAAUAUCGACGAAAAUCUCAUGAAAAUUAACACUUCGAGACUAACGUACGAUAUAGACUUGGGUUGGUCACAUAAAAGUCUUGACUUUGUCAACUGCACUACUGCCUCAAAUUCACUUCACAAAGAUAAUAUAUUUACAUCAACUGCGUCAACUUAUUCAAGUGCAUAUAACCCUUUUAAUCCGGAAUUCCACGCGUCACUAACUAAUGCAACUAAAAAAGAUUUGUUGACAACCAAAUCCUCUACAUUUUCUGAAGCUAUCACAAGCUUUUACUCACAGACUAAUAAUUUGUGGGCUGAUGAUGUAACUUCCAUUUUUGCCAAUGGAACAGCAGCGGCAGCAGCAAAAACAACUUCAACAAAGAACCAACACUUCAUAGAACCUAACCAGGGGAAUACUAAUUUAAAAUCAAAUAUAACAAAACAGUAUGACAGUAAACAUAUGAUAGUGCCCAUGGAGAACAAUAUUAAAACCCAAACGGCGAUUAUCGGAAAUCAACAUAACAUAUUACCUGAAAAGUAUACAAAAAAAUCACCGAGUAAAAUGCAUAUAAAUUGGAUGACCUCUGAAACCAGAACAUCACAAAAUACAUGUGAACAAAUACAGCCAGAGGUUAAGGAAAAUUAUAAAUCUAAUUAUGGACAUAUUAAUAUGGCUUCAAGAAAAAUGGUACAAGGCGAAAACAAUUAUUUUCCCAUAAAUAUGCACCAUAUACCGUCCCAGAACAGUCACGAGGAAAUCCAAAUCUGGCCUUCAACUAAACCUGCUGGAACUGCAGAAAUUAGCAUUGAACCCCCACCUAUUCACUUGCCGACCUUAGUGGGAGAUCUAGCAUUAGGACCCCACGAGAAAAAAAGGAAUGAUUUAAUACAACGCGGGUUAUAUCAAUCUGAACAAAAUUGUUCAAAUUUCUUUUCAGUCACGCAGCUUAUGAACCGCACUUCAGAGAACGCACGUUUACCAAACAUUGAAAAUAAGCCCAAUACAAAACAUAAUUUGAGCCAUAUUGUCAACGACGGUAAUCGAAAAUCUAUGAACGCACGAAUAGAUACUUUACAAAAUUGUUACGGCUUCAUUGAUACCAAAAUAACGAACAAUUUCGAAGCCGUGAACCAGUUCUCGCAUACCAAAUCCAAAACUAUUAAACCGGAAAAAAAUCCAAAGCAACAUAAGAAUAAUUAUUCCGCUGAGGCAUUGAUACGAGGAGGCACGUGUAGUCAAAAAGCUCUCGAUAACAGUAAUACCAAGUUUAUUCUGCCCUCUCAGAAGUUUGGCGACUUUAAUAUCACUCACGAUACUAGCGUCGCUCAGGUUUCGCAUUACCCACCGUUACUCGACUACUCGGAAAAUAGUUAUGUUGGACAACAAUAUUCUGGCACAACGUUGUAUAACUCUACAGCCAAUACGAUGCCAAAUUCCUUUUAUUCCAAUUUCAUGCAGACUGGAAGCAAUUUAAUGCCUAGUAGCUAUACCGGUGGCCCGUUUACGGGUGAAUUUAUGGACUAUAAUAGCCAAUCUACAGAAUGCAAUUACAGCAAUCAUAAAUUUGAUGACAAAAGCCGAAACACUACUCAUUUCCAACACGAUAAAAGCAGCCGAAGAGAAGCGGCAAAACAUAAACUGGACUGCAAUAAAAAAGAAUCGAAUAAAAAGUACCCCACGAAAAGAACAAAAAUUAAUACAGAAUCUGAAGAAUGGGGCGAACAUCAUAAUUUACUGUGGCAAAAUAAAACUACGAGUAAAAGACAUUCUAACAACAAUGUGAUGCCAGAGGAAUUGCAAUUCCCUAAUUUUGUCAGCAAUCAAAUGCCAUCGCAGUACCAACCGGAAUUCCUCAAUAGUCAUUUAAUGCCUACGAACAUUCAGAAUAGUCAAAGUACUGACCGAACCGCUUCCACCUUUCCUGCCUCAUCCCGGGGUAAUUUCAAUCUCAGUGCACUGUUUCCGGAAAUUACUAUGAAAGUGCAAUAA